UCUAGGGCGGUAAGUAACAUAAGGCUUGCCGGUUGGGCUUGAAGCCUUAAAAUAAACGUAGGAGUUACGAAAAAACUGGAAAAACAGGCUUGAGACGCUGACUUUCCUCUUCUUCCACGAAGACGGACGACUGUGCUGUGACGCAAAAAAGUAUCAUAAACCCUAGAGUACCGCACGGGAUCCUGGGAGCUGUUUCAUUGGUCACGAAGUUUACCGAACAUAUCCGAGCUUUUAGAUAUACAGAGUAACUAGUUGUGAUUGGUCAAAACUGCUACACGCCCUUUCCGAAAUUUUUCGAAGUUUCCCGAUUUUACACGAGCAAGUAUUGCGUAAUUCCACCGUCAAACUGCGCCACCUGUCGGUUAAUUAGUAAACUGACAUCAUCUUCAUCAUCAUGGCGGCACAGAAGAGCCAGGUGAAGGUGAUGCCAGGUGCCGUGGUCUGUACGGAGGCUGAGCUGAAGGGGGACAUCACUAUAGCGAGAUAAAGAAGAAGUGUGGAGGGAAUAUCUUUAAGCGUGGAGGGAUCUUUACUGCACUUGAGGUGUGGCUCUCUUCAAACACGGAACCUCCAGCUUAACAUCCUAUCCUAGAGGAUGUCCCAAACCAAAUAAAGCUAGGUUCUCAUUUUCACUUGACUGGAGUGUGUGUUUCAUGGUACGAGAACUGCAGCCUGUGGAGCCAAUGUCCAUUUUUUGGCCAGCCAUGCGGUUGACUAGCCAGUUUUAAGUCAUUAUCCGGCUCAUGUGUUUUAUACGUACUAGUAGGUUAUCCCACAUGUACAGUUAAGGUAUAGCAGGGCUCGAAAUACUGGGUGAUUUUGAUGUCAAUUUACUUGGAAGAAAAAAUGGAUUGAGGCAGCUUCGUUUUAUAUCAGCCAAACAUGUCAGUAUUUGCUGACUUCUCAGCAGAUGGACAUUAUCGAAAAAACAGAACAUUAGCAAUCACACACUUGCACACACACACACACUCUCACCCCAAUAAAUUUUCUAUGAAAUCACAUAUGAAUUUGUAUAUGCUGGUAUUGUACCUUUUUUAUUUUUAGAAAUUAGUGUAUUGUAGGUAGUGCAACUUGAAAUUCAGAUGUGCAACCUAGUUUUUGCCCCAGGUUGACUUUGCAACCUGGCUCAGAAAAGUAUUUUGUACACUGAAUGUGUGUGUCAUUCAGAUUUCGGGUCAGGGAUGAGUUGGUUCAGACAUGGGUAAGUAAAUUUUUCAAAGCUUCUUUAACUUCAGUUUAACCCUUGAUGAAAUUACUAUUAGUCAGUCAUUGAUCGGAUCAAAUCAAAUCAAAUCACAGACAAGAAUCUAAUGAAAGAAAAUUUGUAGAAAGAAUUGAGUAUACUGGGAGGGGACUACUUUGAAAUAAUACUUGUAUAGCAAACAUACAAAUCUCUAGUUGUUGUAUUAAUUAAAUUGAAAUUGAUCCAUCAAUCAAACAACAGCAAUCAUUCAAUUUGAUCCCUCCAAUCACAAAUAAUAAAAUCCAUGGAAAAGUACAUGAAUAUAAAACGUGUACCUUCAGUCUUCACCUGUAUCAUACCAAAGUUUUUAAAAGGACCAUGAGCUCAGUCAGAGGAGACCAGAGUGGCCCUAUCCUGUGGAAGAGUCUAGGUGGGAGACCCAUCCCAUCUAAUUAUAAGCUCCAACAGUGAUGUGUUCUGCUCACAGCGUAUUUGAGCUGUUAACAACAAAAUCCUAAAAUCAAGGUGAAGUGAAAGAAACAAAGUCUCAAGUCCUCAACCAAACAUGGCGGGUAAGAGUCAAGAAAAGACUCCAUGGCUCAUUGAGUACAAGGGGACCAUCUUCCCAGGGUGUGCGCCCAAGGAAAACUUAGAAGCCAUGCCCGACUUCCACAUCCGUGAUGAUGAUGUCGUCGUCGUUGGUUUUCCUAAAGCUGGAAACCAUUGGUGUGCGGAAAUCGUGAACAACGUUUUACGAGCUGCAGGCAAAACCUCGGAGACCACCAUGGAUUCAGAAGCGCCGGGACGAAUCCUGGAGUUUGACGAUCGAGUCGGAGACGAGAUGCGGACCAAUCAUCGCUUCCUGAAGGAUAAGCCAUCGCCGCGACUCAUCUGUACCCACCUGCAUCGAGAGUUCGCUCCACGAGGAAUCGCCAGUCCAAAGAGAAACACAAAGAUAAUCUCCAUCAUGCGAAACCCAAAGGAUACUGCCGUCUCAUAUUACCACUUUGCAACAAGGCUUGGCUACAACGAGAAGGACUGGGAACCCUUCCAUGACGACUUCCUCAAUGGGAGAUGGGAGUAUGGCGAUUUUUAUCACCACGUGCUCGGCUGGUGGCAGAUGCGUGAUGACCCCCACUUUCUCUUUCUGAAGUAUGAAGACAUGAAGAAGGAUAAUAAAGGAGCUGUGGAGAAAGUUGCUGCUUUCUUAGAGGCAGAUCUAGAAGAAGACCAAGUGGCUAGCAUCGUGGAGGCCUGUACCUUUCGCAGCAUGAAAGUUGUUUAUGAUAAAGCAACUGAUGUCAGCUGUAGGAGUGUCAUUGCAAGGAAGGGCGUCAUUGGUGACUGGAAAUCGCUGUUCACCGAGGAACAAAACACUGCGUUUGAUGCAAAGUAUAAAAAGAAGUUAGAGGGAACUGGGCUUAACUUUGACUUUGAGUGAAAUUCAAGGUGAAAAACAAAGCUGACAGAUUUGGUGUAUGCACAUUAUUGAAUGUUUUAAUACUUUUUUAUAUACACAUGGGCUAUUUUGUUUAUAUCUACCAUCUACCAAUUGUAUGUAACUAGGUUAUGAUAAUCAACUCCUAUUUUGCUACAUACAUGUAUUUUAAGACUUAACCCUGUAUUGUUUUGAUGUUGGAACUCACAUUUUGUAUCAUUUGUUUUUAUAAAGUUUCUGGGAUCAGUCAGUAUAACAAAUGUACUUGUAGUUAAGAACACUGUUGAGUAGAAAUUGAAUGAUGUUAGUGAUGAGAAGUGGAAGGGAGCGAAGUGCUCGUCUCCUCCAAAAAUGUUUUUACAUUGAAUAAUCCAAAUAGAAUUCUCACUGAUAGGACUAGUAAUGUUAGUUUAUAUAGGGUUCCAUGUAAAAGGCUUGAGAUGAUCAGAACUCUCCAAGCAUGGAAAAAGGAGAAAGACACAAUGAUAGCAAAACUGUAGAAUACAUGUCUUAACAUACAUGUUAUGAUAACUGGACAAUAUGCACCAAACAUCAGGAUCUAAUAGAUAGAAUUUGUUUGGUAUUGGUGGACAGUUUUUCCAUGGAUCAUUAAAGUAGCCAUUAGUAAAUCAUA